AUGGCGGAUGUGGAGAAUCAACCGGAGUCCUCGUUUCCAGUGAAGCGAAAAUCGGAUCUGUUUUGCCAAGAGCAGGAUAAUGUGGCGAGCAAGGCUCAGAAGCUUAAUCCCUCGUCGAUUCCUGCUGAUUCCGAGUCCAAAGACGGAGAAGUUAAUGGAAGCGGCGUUGAGAAGCUGAGUCCUUCCACCGAUGAGAAGAUUGGGACGGAAUCGUCGGUUUCGCUGGAGAAAGCAGCUGGUUCUGAGUUGGAGCUGGAGAAGGAUGUGAAUGGCGUCGCCGGCGAUCUGGGUGCUGAAGAGGAGCAAGAAGGUGGAUAUGAAGAGGAAGAGGAAGAAGAAGAGGGUGAUGAAGAGGAGGACGAGGAGGAAGAGGAAGACUCAGUUGAAGCCGAGAUUAACAGGAAGGGGAAAGGCAUUUCGAGAGAGGACAAAGGAAAAGGGAAAAUGAUCGAGGUGGAUGAGAGUGACGAAGACGACGACAGUGAUGAUGAUGAAGACUGUGGUGAUGAAUACGACGAGAGCUUUUUGUCCGACGAUUCUUUGGCGGAGGUGGAUUUGGAUAACAUCCUGCCGUCGGGGACUAGGAGACGAUCGAUCCAGCCUGGAGUCUACAUCGCCAACGACCGUGGCGGCAACAACGAGGCUGGUGAUAGCAGCGACGAUAGUGACGCUUAG